AGGCUCUGUGUGCACUUGUUUCUGAGGGUUCAACAGCUACACAAGACCAGGAGGCCAAGGCUCGAGUGGAGGUACAGGUGCCACAAAGUCAUGGACUACCAACAGAAGCUCGCUGAAAAACUCUCCAUCCUCAAUGAGAGGGGGAACGGGGUGCUCAUACGCAUGAACUACAUUAAGAAGACCUGUGCAGACCCCAAGACGCGUCCCCCCCUCCUCACAGAUAAAGCCACAGAGCCGGCCAUUAAAUACAUCAACAAGAAAUUCCCCAACAUUGACUUCAGAGGAAACAUCCAAAAUCUGACCAGCAUACAGCGACAGAAAUCGGAAGUGUUGGCCGCCACAACGAGCUACUACGACUCUUUCCUGGAUGUCAUCGAGUUCAGGGAUCACGUUUAUGAGUUGCUGAACACUAUAGACGCCUGCCAGUGUUUCUUUGAUAUUUUGAUCAACUUUGACUUCACCAAGAGCUACUUGGAUCUGAUCACCACCUACACAUCUGUCAUCAUCACGCUCUCUCGCAUCGAUGAUAAGAAGGCGCUGGUGGGCAUGUUUAACUGUGCCCAUGAAAUGACCAAUGGGAGCAGCGACCCCUCCUACCCACGGCUCGGCCAGAUGUUUGUGGAGUACGAGCAUCCAUUGAAGAAGCUCACUGAGGAGUUUGGUCCUCACACACGGUCUGUGACGGCGGCGUUGCUGUCUCUGAGGAUGGUGUACCCACGCAGGAACCUGCCAGCAGAGCAGUGGCGGAGCGCCCAGCUCCUCAGCUUGCUCAGUGCUCCAGCUGCCAUGCUGGACCCGACCUGCUGCGACACUAUGGCUUGUGAAUACCUGUCGAUGGAGGUGAUGGAGCGCUGGAUCAUUAUUGGCUUCUUGUUGUGUCACACCAGCCUGAAUACAAACCAGGCAUCCCAGGAGCUUUGGAAGAUGGCUCUGCGGAGCGGCCUCUUCCUCACCCUUACCAGAGAUGAAGUACUAAACAUACACAAAGUCUCUGAGGAGCUCUUCGACAGCUUCAAAGGAUAUAGCAAGAGAGUUGCAGACAUCAAGGAAUGCCGUGAGCACGUUAUAGUCAACGGAGGAGCUCUGCACCGAGAGCGGAGGCAGUUUCUGAGAGGAGCGCUGAAGGAAUUAUUCAAAGUUCUGGAGGAUGAACCUGGACUUCUGGGACCAAAGGCCCUGUUUGUCUUUAUGGCUCUGUCGUUUUCCCGUGACGAGGUCCUGUGGCUCGUCAGACACUCUGAGAAUAUGCCAAAGAUAAAAACGCCAGAGGAUUACAUUGACAAUCAAAUGGCAGAGCUGCUGUUCUACAUGGAGAAGCUCAGAGGUCUGAUGAAAAAGUAUUACCUUGUAGUUCAACGCUACCACGUCCAGUACCUGUCACAGUUUGAUGCCCUGGUUCUCAACGACACCAUUCAGAACAUGUAUGUUUGUCCAGAAGAAGAAUCAGUCCUGAUGACUUCAUUUGUCUCCACGCUGUCCGCUCUGUCAGUCAAACAGGUGGAAAACAAAGAAGAGUUUGACUUCAGAGGACUUAGACUGGACUGGUUGAGAUUGCAGGCAUACGCAAGUGUGAACAAGGCUCCUCUGCCAUUAAAGGACUACCCUGACUUAGCAAAGGUGAUGAACGUGAUCCAGUUUCAUACCAGGAUGGUGGACAGUGUGGAGGAACUUCUGCAAGAGACAUCUGAGAUGUCCAUAUUCUGCUUCUACCCUCGAGUCUUUGAGAAGAUGUUCAUCCAGAGCAGCGAGUUGGUGUCCAUGAAGCGUUACCUCAUGGCGUUCCCUAUCGCCUGUUCUCACUUUAGCCUUUGUGGACACCCUCUGUGCCCAGAAGAGACAGGAGCAAUGGAGAAGAGGAGUCUGCGUCUGUGUGUGACCUUCUUGGAGCAGAUAGCCAAGCUGACCAGCAGUGUUGUGUUGGAGAUUUGUGCUGAGCAGCGCAACCUCAAUGACCAGUUGAUGCCCAAACACUGUGCUGAGAGCAUCAGCGCAGCUCGCCACAGGAAGCAGAAGAAGCCGAUGCCAAAGAAAGGAGAAGUCCAAAAAGAGAAGCCAGGCGCUGAGAGCCUGAGGAAAGAUCGGACCAUCGCCACCAAUAUGGACAAGAUGCACAUGAUGCUGACCGAGCUGUGCUCCUCCUACAGCCUCUGCACUGACUUUGUCGUCUUUGACCACAUCGUCGUUCCCGCAGAGUUCCUCAUUUCUUAUCUGGAGACACGCCUCUCUGAGAUCAUCGUGAGAAUGGCAAAUUACAACCAGGCCACCCAGGAGAUAGCCCGUCCCUCAGACCUCCUGGCGGGGCUAAGAGCCUACACGGCCAGCCUGCAAAGCCUCUCCUGCUACAUCAGCGUGGACGUCACCCGGCUGGUGAAGAACGUGCUUCUGCAGCAGACGCAGCCACUGGACCCUAGAGGAGGACAGACCAUCACCACCCUCUACACAAACUGGUUCCUGGAGAGCCUCCUGCGCCAGGCCAGUAACUGCCUCAUCGUUCACUGUCCCACGAUGCACUGCUUCGUCAACCAGACGACUGACAGCGACCCGCUUUUUAGAGCGGAGGAGUUUUCUGAUAUAUCAGAGUUAAAAGCCCUGGCAGAGCUGAUUGGUGCAUAUGGACUGAAGUUUCUGAGUGAUAACCUGAUUUGGCACAUCACCUCUCAAGUCAGCGAACUAAAGAAAAUGGUGAUCGAGAAUAUGGACGUUCUGGUACAGAUGAAGAACAACUUUGAUAAGCCCGAAGAAAUGGCCAACCUGAAGAAGAGGCUGACAGGAGGAGAGAACGUGCUGAAGAGGAUGACAAUCGUCGGGGUUAUCCUGUCCUUCAGAGCAAUGGCUCAGGACGCUCUCAAAGAUAUCCUGCAUAAGCAUUGUCCAUACAUGAUUGGGCCCAUCGAGUACCUGAGGGACUUCAUCACCCCUGAAGUCGACAUCAAGGUGACUCUGAGCAUUUUCGAGCUGGCUUCUGCUGCAGGGCUAAGAUGUGAUAUCGAUCCUGCCCUCGUCACAGCUAUUGGCAGUAUGCAGACAGAUAACACGUCAAUUGACGAGGAGUACAAGCUGUCCUGUUUGCUGCUCGUCUACAUCGCCGUGUCCCUGCCUACCCUGACCCUGGACCCCAACUCCUUCUACAGCCGGGAGCAUGGAGGCCACAACAACAACAUCCACUGUUUAGCUAAAGCUAUCAACCAGCUGGCUGCUGCCAUGUUCACAUUUCAGAACAAGAACAUAGAGCAGCACCUCAAGGAGUUUCUCCUGAUGGCCUCCUCCACUCUGCUUCAGCUGGGACAAAAUGUGGAGCGAAUAGAGAGCAAAAACCGAGAGUCGGUUUAUCUGCUCCUACACAUGAUUGUGGAGGAGUCUCCGUUCUUGAGCCAAGACAUGCUGGAGAGCUGCUUCCCGUAUGUUCUGCUCAGAAACGCCUACAGAGAGGUGUACAGAGCCUUCAUCGUCACUCUGGGCUGAGGACUUGAACUCUUUUAUCUCUAUUUGUCCAUUUUAAAGUGAGUGAAUGUUUCAUUUUCAUUGGUUUUCAGUCUCUUAAUUAAACAGCUCAUCUCAGCCACACUGGGUUAACCAUGACCUAGAAUAUCUCUGAUAAUGUUUCCUAUGAUUCAGCACCCUUUAUGUUUGCACCGUACAAACACUUGUGCUUAUCUGUUGGUUUGUAGAUUUACAUCUGCCUUUGUUUUACUUAUAUUUCAUUGUCUAUUUUAGAUAAAACACAUCUGUUUCAUGACAUAAAAGAUACAUUUAAAGUACUUUUUGGAAUCAAACUGAAUUUAUAAAGCUUUUAUAUGAAUAAUUGUAGACUGAAAAGUUCAUGUAUACAUAUUUCUUCUACAAGCUUAUUCAAAUAAAGAUGAUCAUUUUGUCGUUUUUGCUUUCUUUUUGUGUUCCUCUUGUAUUUGAAGUCCAUCUUCCCCCCCAGCUCCCCUCCCGUUCCUCCUCCUCCUCCUCCUCCUCCCUCUAUUAGACUCUUGUCCUCAUCAUUUUUCAUGUAGGCCUACAAUUUAAAUGAUUCACUCCAGCUUUGCAGAACCAAAAGUGCUUGUUUCUAAUUUUAGACUCAUCCUUUUCAGUGAUUUUACUUUGCAACACAGACGGUCCCUCUUUUCUUUUGCUUCCUCCUUCUUCCCUCAGCCCUGUUUUCUGCAGCUACAUCCGUUUGGUUGUCACAUAAGGGAUGUGGAGUGUGUGUUUGUGUGUACGUGUGUGUGCAAAUUGUAUUUAGGGCUCUAGUGUCUGAGGCCAAGGGAGCCAGCCCUCUCAGAAGAGCACAGGAGGUUGAAUUCCCAAUACAAGCGACGCUUACGUGAAUGAACAUUCAUGAAUAAACAAAUGACGGUUCCCUUCAAACAGCACAAUAAACAACCACUUCAUGCAAAUUGUUGCAAAAGGGUCAAAUCUCAUCCGAACACUGUGAGCCUAAGAGAGAUAUUUAAGUACUGUACAUAAUGGGUCCUUUGUGUGUGUGUGUGUGUGUGUGUGUGUGUGUGUGUAAGCUCCAGUUUAAAAAGUAAAACAUGUUUUUUCUCUCAUGUAUCAUUCCUGUCGUGUGCAAAGAGAACAGCUAUCUAGCUUUUACUUUCAUUAUGCCUCCCAUUAAGACCCGACCUGACUUGCCCCCUUUUCUUGUGACAUCUUUAAUGCUUCUAUCUUUUCUUCCAGCUGUUAAAGCUUUUUUUUUUUUUUUGUCUAUGCUGUGGAGGACAGUGCUGUCCUCAUCACUAUAUCUAAUUUAAAACAGUAUAUAAACAAUUAAUAAACUGUUUAUAAUGUACUAUAAUUGUAGUUGUAAGCAGAGAUACUGUAAGUGUUUAUACUCCUCCUUGACUCCAACAUCAAGUGAAGGCUGCUGUAUAAACAGAUACGUAGAUAAAUAAUGUUGUUAUAUGAUAAAUAUGUGAUAGCAGAGGGUCAAAUACUGUGACUACAACAAUGUGACAACGCAUUAUAAUAAACACAUACAGUAUCACAUGA